AUGACUCAACCGUACAUUGUCGGCGAUAGCUCGCCAUUCCUGAAGCGCGUGCUCAUCCCUUUCUGGGUCAUCCGCAUCGCGAUCAUGCUCUUCUACAUCAUCAUCUACUCCGCUGCAGCCGCCUAUGCCUCGGCCAACAAGAACGCGCUGUUUGAUGGCGGAUCAACAUCAACCACUGUCAUUGCCGUCCUCGUCGUCAUUCUCGUAAUAGUCGUCUGCUGCCUCAUCCUCGACAUUAUCUGUAUCGUCAAGCGCUCCCGACGUACACUAAGCCCUCGCUUUUUCCUCAUUUCCAAUGUCAUUCAAACAACGGUGUGGCUGGUUCUUCUCAUCCUGGCCGUAGUAGGCAUCAGGAGUCCGCUUGGGUUCAUCAUCGCCAUCGUCGUUUUCGCCUCCUUCCUCGGUCUCCUCAUUUACUCCAGUAUCGUCUACCAUAAGUACAAGAAAGGCUACGCGCCCGCCAACCACGCCAACCAGCCCUCUGCAUACACCGGGGCGUACACCGCAAACGAGCCCACGAAGCCAUCCGAUGCGAAUGCACCGCGCUACGAAAUGGAUAACCGAUAUGCAUGA